UGUUUGCGAGGCGAGGCAUUGUUGUAGCAAACAAGUAUGAUUACUUUCAAAUAAAGAAUUGUAAUGCAAACAAUCACCAACACAGCACCGCCGGUGCUAUACUCUAAUAGACCAAAUAAAAGGUCCGGUUGGUUCGGCGUAGCAAAUGUCAAAACCGUCGAGAAAUUCACGGGCACAUGCGCAGUGGAAGUGCGAUCAAUGCACCCCUGUGGUGCGCGCGCCCCCGGCCUCGGCAUUCUACGCAGUACAUCACAAAAACACCGUCUGGAAAACCUGGGUGCACUCAUCCGCGUUCGACAAAAAAUUCAUUAUCAAAGUCUAAACCAUUCAAUCUGACUACGCGGCUCGUCGCGUCUCGUUAAGGACACCCACACGCUAUACCGCCGCGAGGUUGGAGUGUUGCAUCUCGGCAGUCUGAUCGCGUGACUCAUCGGAUUCUCCCGAAUUCGCGAAUUCGUUGUUAUCGCAUUUUGUGGUUGUGGUGGUGGUAUCUGUGCGUUCUUGGACUGCUCGGAUGCAGGUGGCCCAGCGGGCUGGCGAAGGGCCGCGGCGCCUGGAGGAGCAGUGAAGUUAAGCCGCAGGAUGGACGACUGUACAGACAUCUUCUAUGACGACGAUACUGACGCGCAGUGCGAUAUGGGUCACUCAGAGUCCAAGGGCGCGAAGAAGCGCGACAAGAGCGUAGGCAACGGCAACGGGAAGCCCAGCCGUGGGGUGGCCACGUCUUUCGGGUUUCGAAGGCGGCCUGCCAGCACAUCUCGCGCCGACGACAACGCUAGGCGCAAGAAGGCGCAGGACAAGAAUGGAAAUGGAGCAGGUUCUACGGAGGAUCUGCGUGCCGAGGAGGUGUUGUCCGGGCGCUCGACACCCCUGGCGCGACCCCGCAAGGAGACCGUCGGCCAGCCACUACGGAGCAACAGGUUCGGUUUGAGGCAACAGCCGUGCAAGACGGCGCGCGUCGGCGACGUUGGUCCCACCGCCGAGCCGGCCUUCGUGACGCACAAGGAAUCCAUCAACAACAAUGCACUUGAUAAGAAAAGUACAACUUACCCACCCCUAUCGCAAGUGACUACGAGCGGGGUGACCACCAUAGUGGGCGCCGGUGGGCAGCCCAAGACGGUCACCAAGCAAACCGUCAUCCUCACCUAUCAGACGCAGCAGUAUCCUGUGCAGGAAGGUCGUCCCAAACAGACGCGGUUCGAAUGUCCACGAGCGCCUUCCGCCACGCGCUCCCAGACUCCCUGUGACAAGCUACCGGGGAAGUAUACCCUGCAAACCAACCAGCUGCCGCGCCCGCAGUACCCUGCUGUCAAGCACAUCGACAAUACCAAGAAUGCUAAACAAGUCGUGAAUAAUAAUAGAAAAGCCGGUGCUUCCGUGGAAGGAUGGAGGGAAGGUGCUAGCUCGGCCGUGUCGUCGGACUCGGGCGUGUACACCGGCGAGGCAGAGGGGUCGCCGCGCGCCCGGCGCCGCCCGCGCAACCUGGAGAUGGUGAUGCGAGGCGCGCACAGCUUCCACCUGCGCGAGCUGCAGGACGACCUCGACAUCAUGGAUGACGCAGUAAUAACCGGCCAUACUGUGAUCCCCCUUCCCAAACUUCCUAGCACGUUCGACGAAGAUCUCUCCCCCAUCUACCAAGCCCCGUCCCCUCCCCCCUACACCGUGCCCUCCCCCGUGGUGCCCAAGCCAUCGCCCGUAGCAGACAGCUCGCGCCAGUCCCCCAUGUCCACCCUGGAACGGUAUCGGACUAGGACUAGGCCAAGCCGGAUACAAACCGUGGAUUAUAAGAAUGAAGAGAAGUUUGUGUUGGAUAAAGCUCAGCCUGAAAAAUUGAAUAAGCAGAACUCAUUCAUCAAAUCGUCAAGCGGCGUGGUGUCCCCGACGACCGUGUCGAGCAAGGAAUCGAGCCCGUCAUGCAAGAGCGAGGAGAGUCACUUCGGCAACAGCAGCGCUUGGCAGAGCCAUGCCGCCGGCGAAGCUAUGGCCACCAGAUCUCAAGACGACGUGUCCAUCGCGCUGAGCGUGUCGAGUUGCGAGGACGACAAGUCCAAGCUCGGCGAUCUCCCGAAGGUCGACGAUCCGCCAAAGAAGACCAUCGUGAUCGAUGACCCGCCCGUGCCGCAUCCACUGCUCAUGAAGUCACUGACACUAAGCCAGCACGACUCGCUGCGCGGGACCAUGAUGGGUUCAAUGACAAGCUCCAACUACAGUACAACAAGCACUUGCACAAACCAAAGCGUGGACCACCACCUAACGCUCACCUUAGAAGAGUCCAAAUUCGACAUAUCAGCCCUAGAGAUUUCCACUCAAAGCCUAUUGGACGACGAGACAUCUCCAGCGGACAGCCUCAUCUCUUCCACCAGUACUAGUGACUCGGUGAACGAGCUGGUGGUUGAGAGAGACCCACCGUCUAUCUCGUCGGCGUAUCAGACAGCCAAUACUAAGACCAAGUCGCCGGAACCGGCUGAUGAGGAUGGAGUGGAUGGGGAGCUGUUGCAGACUGCUAAUGAAGUUGUCGAAGAGACGCGGAACGGCGAGGACAGCAAAAACGUGUCGCCAGAGUCACCGGGCACGCCCACACACGCUUCAGGGUCCUUGUCGCUCUCGGACGGCCGGGAUUUCUUCGACGAUGAGAUCGCCGACCAGCCAGCCCUGCUGUUCAGGAAAAACAACGAGGGGAGCCCACCAAGCAAGCAGGAAUCUGAGAACAGCAAACAGCUGAGGAGGUCCAGGGAACGCAUCCCCGCUAGUCCUUUAGCCCAAAGAAAUCGUAAAGUAAAUGGGCUGCGGAAUGGCGGCGCAGAACGGACACCUUCUCUGGACACGUUAUCCAGCCUGGCUUCUGAUGACCUGAUGAUGGACAAUGACCUCGCGCGAUCUGUCACCAGCCUGCAGAGCGUUGACGAUUACAUCGAAAGGCUAGACAGUUCUCUACGCAGCGGCCUCAACUCCCUGGACGAGCGUCAGCUCCGCCAGGAGCUCUCCUCGUCCAAGACCGCCGUGCGCCAGUGGAGUCAGCUGCUCGAGCAGAACAACUUCCUGGACCGGCAGCUGGCCGCCAUGGCGCAGGGCAAGAGCACCACAGAGUCCCUCACGGCCAGCAACACCAGCCUGUCUAACAUCGGGGCCAGCCUGCCUGUGCGCACGGCGCGGCUGCUGCAGCGCUCGCGCGCGCAGACGCCGUCCGACGCCGCCAGUGAAGGCACCGCGUCGCCCGCGCCCGCGCCGGCGACUCUGCUCCAGGAUGUCGUGGACAUCAAGACGGUGCUGCUGCAGCUUAAGCGAGUCUUGCAGGAGGCACGUAUAGCAUGAUUGGUCCUUUGUCCU